CAAUGCGGGACGCGGCCGCCGGGCCUGGAAGUCCAAGAAGGGAGCAUGGACCAGCCCAGUGGAAGGAGUUUCAUGCAAGUUCUUUGUGAGAAAUACAGCCCUGAGAACUUCCCAUAUCGUCGUGGACCUGGUGUGGGGGUGCAUGUCCCAGCAACCCCACAGGGCUCACCUAUGAAAGAUCGCCUGAACCUCCCCAGUGUGCUGGUGCUGAACAGCUGUGGCAUAACCUGCGCAGGGGAUGAGAAUGAAAUCGCUGCCUUCUGUGCCCACGUGUCUGAGCUGGACCUCUCUGACAAUAAACUGGAAGACUGGCAUGAGGUCAGUAAAAUUGUGUCCAACGUUCCCCACUUGGAGUUUCUCAACUUGAGUUCCAACCCUCUCAGCCUGUCUGUUCUAGAGAGGAGGUGUGCCGGCUCAUUCGCUGGGGUUCGCAAACUUGUGCUCAACAACAGCAAAGCUUCCUGGGAAACAGUCCACACAAUCCUGCAGGAAUUACCAGACUUGGAGGAGCUCUUCCUGUGCCUUAACGACUAUGAAACAGUGUCUUGUUCUUCAGUGUGCUGUCAGUCUCUCAAAUUACUCCACAUAACUGACAAUAAUCUUCAAGACUGGACUGAAAUUCGAAAAUUGGGGAUUAUGUUUCCAUCUCUGGACACACUAAUUCUGGCUAACAACAACCUCACCACCAUCGAAGAGUCAGAAGAUUCCUUGGCAAGGCUGUUCCCCAACCUGAGAUCCAUCAAUUUGCACAAGUCAGGCCUGCAUUGCUGGGAAGACAUUGACAAGUUAAAUUCUUUUCCCAAGCUCGAGGAAGUGAAAUUGCUAGGAAUCCCUCUGCUGCAGUCCUACACCACUGAAGAACGCAGGAAGCUGCUAAUAGCCAGGUUGCCAUCUAUCGUCAAGCUCAACGGAAGCAUUGUGGCGGAUGGGGAGCGAGAGGACUCGGAGCGGUUCUUCAUCCGCUACUACAUGGAGUUCCCGGAGGAGGAGGUCCCCUUCAGGUACCAUGAGCUGGUCACCAAGUACGGGAAGCUGGAACCUUUAGCAGUUGUGGAUCUUCGGCCACAGAGCAGCGUGAAGGUGGAGGUUCACUUCCAGGAUAAGGUGGAAGAGAUGUCAAUCCGGCUCGAUCAGACUGUGGCAGAGUUGAAGAAGCACUUAAAAACUGUGGUGCAGCUGUCAACAAGCAACAUGCUGCUCUUCUACUUGGACCAGGAAGCUCCUUUUGGUCCUGAGGAGAUGAAAUACAGCUCGCGAGCACUGCACUCCUACGGCAUUCGGGAUGGAGAUAAGAUAUACGUGGAGCCCAGAAUGAAAUAGCCUCUUUUGACCUUGUGAGUGCACACCCAUGCACACACACACA